AUGGCGGUGAACCGGCUGGGACACCGCCAAGAGGGCCCGGGGGUGUCUUAUAAGCCAGCCGUGGUGCGCGCAGAAAGGCCGCCCUCGUCGCUGUCUGCCCUGCCCACCGGCGUUCUGUGCAGGUCUCUGCUCGUAAACGCCGUCUCGUCCAAGCCGUAUCUCCUUGGCCCGGCCAUCUCCUUCAUGGGCUUCCUCUGCCGGCCCAACAGGCCCUUCCUCCUCGACAUUGGCCGCAACAAGCUGCUUGCAGGCAUCAUGAGGAAAGCGGCGUACCGGCAGUUCUGCGCCGGCGAGUCGGCAAGCCAAGUCAGGACGACGCUGCGGCGCUUCAGAGGCAUGGGAUUCCGAGGCACCAUUGUCACAUAUGCCAGGGAGACCGUGUUUGACUGCAACAAAAGCGCCAUCCGGGACGUCGGCAUCGAGACAUUCACAGACGAGCCCGCAGGCGCGUCGUGUCCAUACAUCGGGGGAUGGCGCCGCGGCGUGCUGGAGACCAUCGAUUUGCUCGGCGACGGCGACCAUCUGGCAGUCAAGUACGCAAACACCACCCACCAGAAGCAUCGCAGAACACGCAGGCUAACCAGGCGUGCGGCCGGUUCGCCAGGCUCACCAGCGCGCUGCGCAGACACGUUGGCGACGUUGGGGCCCCGGGCGGCCGCCGCUUCCCGUCCGUCCACCUGA